AUCAUUUUGCAAACAAAUGCCACAGGUCUCCUCUCAGACUGGACAGCAUGCAAGGUCAGUGUCAGCAGAUCUGACCCUAAAAAUAGACCCUCUGAGCCAGUCUGGAGGUUUCGUGUAAGGCUGUCACAAAACCUCCAGUACCUCCGGUACCUCUUCACCCAGCCAGGCACCCAGAAAGGAAAGAAAAUCCCUUGGCUCCAAAAUGGCAUCAGGAGAUACAAAGACAAGCCUCAAGAAUGCCUACCCCUCUGCCAAGAGGCUGUCCCUGCAGGAGGAGGAGGAGGGAGAGGCUGAGGACUACUGCACCCCUGGAGCCUUCGAGCUGGAGCGCCUCUUCUGGAAGGGCAGCCCCCAAUACACUCACGUCAACGAGGUCUGGCCCAGGCUCCACAUCGGUGACGAGGCCACAGCGCUGGACCGCUACGGGCUGCAGAAGGCGGGAUUCACGCACGUGCUGAACGCCGCACACGGCCGCUGGAAUGUGGACACCGGGCCCGACUACUACCGCGACAUGGCCAUCGAGUACCACGGCGUCGAGGCUGACGACGUGCCCACCUUCGACCUCAGCGUCUUCUUCCACUCGGCGGCCGCCUUCAUCCACUCGGCGCUCCGAGACGACCACAGCAAGAUCCUGGUUCACUGCGCCAUGGGCCGAAGCCGGUCAGCAACCCUGGUCCUGGCCUAUCUGAUGAUUCACAAGAACAUGACCUUGGUGGACGCCAUCCAACAAGUGGCUAAGAACCGCUGCGUCCUGCCCAACCGGGGCUUCCUGAAGCAGCUCCGAGAGCUGGACAAACAGCUGGUGAAGCUGCGGCGACAGGCUGGGCCGGGGGACUGCGAGCCGGGGCCGGGGCGGUAAGGGAGCCUCCCCAGGGCAGGGAGGAUGAGAGGUCCUGGCUGAUGGGUGUCUGCAUGGAGGUUAAGGUUUUGUUGGUCCUGGAGACGGGACAGUGAACUAGAGGCUGGGCACCGGGAGGAUGCCCAAGUGGGUCCUCCAAGUCUAGUUCCCCACCUCACGGGGGACUGGGCCAGGUCAGUUGUAGGGGGAGCUGGGUUCAGAUGAGGACCACUCUGUGGUCUCCUGUCCUUUAAGUUGGAAAUGGAGAGGGUGUUUUUGUUGUUGUUGGUUUUUUUUUUAAUGUGUGGGCACUGUGUUGUGAUUAAAUGUCUGGCUCUGAAAGAAAAAGAAAUCACAUUCUUAUAAAAAAAUAAAAAACUUAAAAUAGAA